CAGUGAGUCGAAAACUACAGACGUGGCGACAGUUCAUAGCCCCCCAGGCACCACUAAGUGCCAGCGAAAGAUGGUAUCACUGUUUUUACGGCAGUAUUGCAUCAUGCUUCAUACUCGGGCUCUCAUUUCUCCUCAUCAUAAGUGGCGUAAUCCACAAGCCCACGUCUAAUGGCAUCGACGUGAGCUGCGGCUACUACUCAGACUUUUACGGUCAGGUCUUCCUGAUACUGCAGAAAGAUCGCAUCGCAUCAUUUCUCACAGAUCUGGCCGAUGUUGUCCAGGAAAUAGAAUCUGAAUCCAGAACAUCUCUUAAGGUGGCACUUCAACAAGCCGACCGAUCUAUUCGUCGGAAUACAAUAUACUUCUCAGUGUUUUAUGUGCUGCUGCUCUGCUCGAUGCUACCGGAGUCAAUUAUGACCGGAAUAUCACACGCACCCAUGUGGCCACAGCUGCCAGAACCGCUCGGAAACUGGGUAUCGGUAGUUUUGUUUUGCGGUUCCAUGACCACGGGUGCGGGAUUAUACUACAUGAUGUGGGCGCUGAUUUUUUCUGUGCUCAUCACAUUGACUGCUCUGAUUCGCACCCUCUCUCUGCAACUGCAAGUUGCUGCUUCUAAGCGUGAGGUGAUUGAUGUCAUCAAGUAUCACCAACGGGUCAAAGACUUGUCUCAGAACUUCGAGAUGUUUUUCGCAACUCAUCUGAUGCACCUGCUUGCCAGCAGCUUUUUGGUGCCUUUAACAUGCACUAUCAAGAUGAAUCAGCAUGGUUCGCUGAAAGAUCUUCAGCAGUCCUUCGUGCUGGUUAUUCUAGCGGCAAGUCGACCUUGCAAGCUGAGCGUCCGUGCAUUUGGACGUCUUGAUCUAGAAAAUGCAGGGAACGCAGUGCAGUGCUGGUAUUCCUUUGUAAAUGUUCUCCUAAAAGUGACUCAACAGACAAAAAAUUGAUGUGAUUUUCCUGUGUUAGGAGCGGUUUGGACUGUACAAAAAAGUAAAGAAACCAGUUGAGAACCAUC